AACUCCAAACUCUCUCUCUCUCUCUCUCUCCACUACCACGUGCUCCCUCCCACUCUCUGUCUUUCUUUCCUCUACUAAAAUCAUUACAAACAAGAGAGGGAGAGGGAGAGGGGGAGGGGGAGGGGAGAAACCAAGAAAGAAACCGUAGAGAGAGGGAGAGCACCCAGACAAAAACACAGGCAUGCAUGACGACACGUCGUAGUAAAGAAGUAAUCAAAACGACGAAGAUCCAAAUCGAAUUACUACUACAAUUCCACUAAAUGCACGCGUACAAUAGAAUACCUAGCAGCGGCCACUCGACACCCUCACCGCCUCAAUCGCCGCUCCGUUCACCUAGGUACCGUCACGGCAGUGGAGGAGGAGGCCGGUCCAAGCCUGGGCGGUUCACUCCUUCCUCCUAUCCGCCUGGACGUAACCUCGCACACCGCCUCGCCUGGUUCCUCCUCUCCGUCCUCCUCCGUCGCCAGGGGAUUUUCCUUUUCGCUCCUCUCAUUUAUAUUUCUGGUAUGCUUUUGUACAUGGGAACGGUGUCGUUCGACGUUGGCCCUAUAAUUGACCAUAAGCCUGCUCCCGGUUCGGUUUAUCGGAGCCCUCAGAUUUACGAGAAGCUUCGACCGGAAAUGGAUGCCGAUAAUUCAUCUGCUGAUGCGCUAUCAACUGUGUGGAAAAACUCGUAUAAAAGUGGUGAGUGGAGGCCGUGCAUAAACAAAUCUUCUGAAGGCUUACCUGAAUCAAAUGGUUAUAUCUAUGUCGAGGCAAAUGGUGGCCUGAAUCAGCAGAGGACUUCGAUAUGCAAUGCGGUUGCUGUGGCGGGCUAUCUUAAUGCAACUCUACUCAUUCCUAACUUUCAUUAUCAUAGCAUCUGGAGAGAUCCUAGCAAAUUCAAAGACAUCUAUGAUGAGGACUAUUUUAUCAGUACAUUGGAAAAUAUUGUAAGGGUGGUUGAUAAGAUUCCUGGAUACCUUAUGGAGCGUUAUGAUAACAACAUGACUAAUGUCCAUAACUUUAGAGUAAAAGCAUGGGCACCCGUUCAGUAUUACAGGGAUGUUGUCCUUCCAAGGCUAUUAGAAGAAAGGGUCAUAAGGAUUUCUCCUUUUGCAAAUCGCUUAUCAUUUGAUGUUCCUCCAGCUGUUCAACGGCUUAGAUGUUUGGCAAAUUAUGAAGCUUUAAGGUUUUCAAAUCCCAUAUUAACUAUGGGAGAAACAUUGGUUGCGAGAAUGAAAGAACGCAGUGCGAGCCAUGGUGGAAAAUAUGUUUCUGUCCAUCUUCGCUUUGAGGAGGACAUGGUUGCUUUCUCAUGCUGUGUAUUUGAUGGUGGAGGGCAAGAAGCUAAAGACAUGAAAGCAGCGAGGGAAAGAGGUUGGAAAGGAAAGUUUACAAAGCCUGGUCGAACUAUACGUCCUGGGGCAAUUAGGCUCAAUGGGAAGUGUCCCCUUACUCCGUUAGAGGUUGGAUUGAUGCUUAGGGGCAUGGGUUUUGAUAAAAACACGUAUAUCUUUUUGGCAUCUGGAAAGAUUUACAAUUCUGAAAAAUACAUGGCCCCACUGUUGGAAAUGUUUCCGAAUCUGUUAACUAAAGAUAUGCUGGCAUUGGAAGACGAACUUGAUCCGUUCAAGAAUUAUUCUUCUAGGAUGGCUGCAAUAGACUACACGGUGUGUCUUCACAGUGAGGUAUUUGUGACAACUCAAGGUGGCAACUUCCCCCAUUUUUUGAUGGGCCAUAGAAGAUUCUUGUAUGGUGGACACUCAAAGACGAUCAGGCCAGACAAGCGCAAGUUAGCAAUGCUCUUUGAUAAUCUGAAAAUCGAUUGGAAGAGCUUCAAGCGACACAUGCUGAAUAUGCGGUCUCACAGUGAUUCUAAAGGAUUUGAAAUCAAAAGGCCAAAUGACUCCAUAUAUUCCUUUCCGUGCCCAGAUUGCAUGUGCCAUGUUAACAGAACAGAAGAUUCAAGAUCAUCUUCAGCUACGUGAUCUGCUUGGAGAUAGAUCUUGAUGGUUGUUUCUUCUACUGGUAUUUUGUGGACACAUUUUGUGGACACACCAUAUAUUCCACUUCUUGCAUCUCGUGAUUCUUUCAUUUUUUUCCCCUUCCCACAUGGUGGGAGAGAAUACACUUCAAUAUUGGGAGUUUCAAGGAUUUAUUUGAGUUCACAUUCAUCAGAUUAUUUCCCACGAAUCGAUACAGGGAAACUGCAACUUGCAACUUUUUGUACAUGAUGCCAGAGGACGCAGAUUACAUUCUUUCUCUGCGGGGAUUACCCUGGGUAUUAACUGAGCAUUGUUUUAAUACAUGCUGCUGCAGCUGCUGUAUCUAACAAGCUGUAAAAUGGAUAGUCAGAUUCUUUUGUACCCUGGUUUUUUCAUUGCUUGUAAAUUUGUUGAGGUUUCAUACACGUGUAAGACCCUAGAAACAGAACGAGUUUUUUUUUGUAGAUUUGUGAAAAUUCAGGGUAUCCAUUUUUUGUUA